AUGGACCACCUGGCAGCCAUCAUACGCGGAAAACAGGUGGACGGCGCGGUGGUGGCCGCGGCCGCGACGGGCGUGCUGCGGCUGUGCCAGCGGCUGCUGCCCUACAAGCCGGACGCGGCCGAGCCGCUGCUCAGGGGGCUGCAGCUCGUGCCAGGACUCGCACCAGAGGUGGCAUGGGACAAUGCGGAGGCCAUUGCGGCCGAGAUGCUGGCGCUGGUGCAGGCGGCGUCCCCCCACAUCAAGGCCCAGUGGGCGUGGGCCAGUGCGCUGUCUUGGGUGGUGCGCGAGGCGCUGACGCCGCUGAACUACGUUCUUGCGGUGGAGGCUGCGGUGUGGUUCGUGGAGCGCGCGGCGGCGGAGCACCCGGCAAUGAAGCCUGAGGUGUUGGAGCUGCUGCUGGUGCUGGCGGCCUGGCUGGAGGGCUGGUCCGCCAGCCUCGCAGGUGCUGGCCUGUCUCCCGAGCAGGAGUCCACCUUCACCACCGCCAAGAGUGAGUUCUGGCUCUACCUGGUGGAGACACUCUCGCGCCUGGCAGACCACGCAGACAAAGAGGUCCGCUCCGCCGCCACGUCAGCGCUGCAGCGCGCUGCGCUGGGCGCGGAGGCCCUGGGCGUGCUGCCUGACGCCAUCGAGCGCGGCCUGGUGGAGAGGGUGCUGCCGCAGCUGGAGGCUCUGGGGAAAAAGGCGGCCAAGGCGGGGUCCCGCGGGGCCAUGAAGGAGAGACAAGAUCGGCCAGGAAACUGGGGUUUCGGCGUGGGUCUGGGUUGA